GAUUGCCAACAGAGAAGAAGAAGAAGGAGGAGGAGAGGAAGAAGAAGAAGAAAAAGAAGCGUCAAUAUCGUCAUAAAAAAUAAAAAGAACUUGUUAUUUAGUGCUAUUUGACUUCAUGGCGAUUUCUAGUCAUGUGUUCGCGGUCCGAUCACUGUACAAGAGGAUUCUGGUGUUGCACCGGUUCCUGCCCCUCGACCUACGAGCCCUCGGUGACCAGUACGUGAGGGACGAGUUCAGAAGACAUAGAAACGCUUCAGACGAGGAGACGAAGAGCUUCAUGGCAGAGUGGGAGAACUACAGGAGCACCCUACAGCAUCAGGUCCUGGAAUCAGCAGGACACAGCUCAGUCAAGUUUGGAGCCAAUCUGUCAAAGGAGCAAGUGAGACAUUUCCAGGAUGAACAGAUCGGGCAGCUUUAUGAACUUAUGCUGGAGUCCACCAAACCCAAAAGGCAGUUCCACAUCUGGGAAGACAAGUGACUUGUGUUGUAAAGAAUGUCUGCGAAUGUAGUGCUGUGUUGACCAGGGUCUACAGUGAUUAAAGGUUCUCUACUGUUA